UUUUAUUUAAUAUGUUUUUCUCAGAAGAUUGAAAGCGUCUGAGAAAUCUCUGAUGGUGGAAUUGAUGCAGCCAUUAAAGGAUCUGACGCCUAGCACUAACGCCUGUCAUCUGGAGCUUUGAAUAUAUAUAAAAAAUUCCACCUCCUUGCUUGUCGUCUUCUGCAAAUCCGGAAGCGAACGGACAGCCGUUGGAUCUCCACCUCUCCUACCUAUAUCCAGAUGUGAAAAAGAGAAGAAAGAACAAAAAGAAUCACAGAAAAUCGAUUUCUAAUCCCUCCCUCUCUCUCUCUCGGGUGAGAUCUGGUUAGAGAGGCGGAGGAGAUGCUGACGUGUAUCGCUUGCACGAAGCAGAUCGGAGGUGCCGGUUCGCUGCGCGAACCGGAGGAUGAUGAACCGUCCGGCACGCCCAGCACCAAGCAAGCCAUCAAAGCGCUUACAGCUCAGAUCAAGGACAUGGCGUUGAAGGCAUCCGGGGCAUACAGGCAGUGCAAGCCGUGUUCAGGAUCCACAGGGCGGGAGGGGAAUUAUGCUGAUUCAGAGGCGGCAUCAGGGUCAGAGAGGUUCCAUUGCUCGUAUCGACGGACGGCGAGUGCGAGCUCAACACCACGGAUUUUUGGGAAGGAAAUCAUCAAGGGGAUCUCUAGUGGGGAAGCGACGCCAUCCAUGAGCAGCAGAACGGAGGCAGCUGCAGUAGUUUUUAUGGAGGAAGAAGAACCAAAGGAGUGGGUCGCACAAGUGGAGCCUGGAGUUCUAAUCACCUUCGUUUCGCUGCCACAGGGCGGAAACGAUCUCAAGAGGAUUCGAUUCAGUCGAGAGAUGUUUAACAAAUGGCAAGCUCAAAGGUGGUGGGCGGAAAACUAUGACAAGGUCAUGGAGCUCUACAAUGUCCAGAGAUUCAAUCGCCAAGCUGUCCCGCUUCCAACACCACCAAGGUCUGAAGAUGAGAGCUCAAAGAUCGAAUCCGCAGAGGACAGCCCGGUCACACCUCCGCUGAGCAAGGAACGUCUACCCCGUAACUUCCACAGGCCGAUGGGAAUGGGCUACUCAUCUUCUGAUUCCCUUGAACACCACCCCAUCCAUGGUGCCGCCCGCCACUACUACGAUUCGGGUGGGUUAACCUCAACACCAAAGCUGUCAAGCAUUAGUGGUGCCAAGACAGAGACAUCUUCGAUGGAUGCUUCUAUAAGGACGAGCUCCUCAAGGGAAGCUGACCGGUCGGGUGAGCUCUCGGUUUCUGUAAGCAAUGCCAGCGACCAGGAAACUGAGUGGGUUGAACAGGAUGAGCCUGGGGUGUACAUCACCAUCCGAGCAUUGCCAGGUGGCACAAGGGAGCUCAGGCGUGUCAGAUUCAGACGGCAGGGAUCGUCUGAUGGGAGAGAGAUUGGGGCACAACCUAUCCCAACCCACCAGAUCAACAGCUUACAUUAACAAAAUCCGAGAAAGGUUUGGGGAGAUGCAUGCAAGGUUGUGGUGGGAAGAGAACCGGGCCCGGAUACAUGAGCAGUACUUGUGAGAGCUGACACAUACCGAUAAAGAGGAGAGAGAGCGCUCGAUUCCAGAAGUUUCUUUAAUCGGUUUCUAAUCUGCAACUGUCUUCUUUAAUAUUUUGCUGUGUUCUUAUUUUAAUAUUGGGGCGACCACGAUGAUAACAACAAUGACUACGGACGCCUCAGAUCGCAAUCAGAGCGCUGCCUCUUCUCUCGGUCAAUAGAAGCGAGAAUAAAAUUCUCCUGAGUAAUGGUUUCUCCGACCGUUGAAAUAUCUGGUGUUUGGGUUGUGCUCUUUUUGCAUUUUUUCCGCUUUCAUUUUACCUAUCGUUGGAUUAGGAGAUUGGGAAGGUGGUGUCAAUGCCAAGCGGGCUUUGCGCUGGUGGUGUGUUUGGGAGGUGUGAAAAUGUUAAUAAUGAUAUAUAUAGAAUAUUAAAAAUUAGAUUGAAUACAGGUGAGGUUUGGGUGUUUUCGAGGGAUUGUACUGUUAUUAUCAUUAAACAAGUUGGUUAUCUGUAAAACAUGUUUUAGUUUCAUGUGUCACGGCCUAGUUUGACUUGUUACUAUCACUUCGAGCUCCACCGUCAAUUUGAAUUGCAUAUGAUUCUUGA